AUGUUAAAUUGUCUGCUCACUCCGAAUGCAGCUCCAAUUCUCAAUGAAGUGAAUCGUGUUUUAACAUUAAUAAUACGUUUUCAUUGUCAACUAAAAACAUUUUCUUGGAUUCUUAAUGCAACUUAUACAGAUCCAUCUGAUACAAGUGUACAAGCAUUACGUACAACAUUUGAAAAAUAUUAUAUUGCUGUACUUUCACUUUUUAAAGUUUUAUCAAAACUUGUUGAAAAAGGAUAUAAAACAUCAUUAUCUGAUUUACUUGUACGACUUAAUCAUAAUGGUUAUUAUGAUCAAAUAACUACAUUUUCCACUCGAUAA